ACUCCGUAACUAAGAGAUGGUAUAAAGACACAUGUGUGGAUCCUUCAUUCCACUCUUGAAAUAUGGCUUAAAAUAUCUUUUUUUUAAAUUAAGUUUUGGCCAGGAGGAAGUCACGGGAGAUGCUCAGUUAUGGCAAACAAAGUGCGUUCCUGGUGGUUUUAUUGGUAAAAAGUUUUCAAACGUUGGCAUGUCCUGAUCUUUGUGAGUGUUCGGUUGGAAAAGUGGAUUGCAAUGGAAAACAUUUUUACUUUAUUCCAGAAACCAUGGACCAUGAAACAGACAGCAUAUUACUGGCCUUCAAUGAAAUAUCUAGCGUUCAAUCGAUGGCUUUCUCAGCGUUCCAUCUGCUUACACACCUGGAGCUGCAGAACAACCUCCUGUCCAGAAUACACAGGAAUGGCUUCCACGGCCUGCGCAACUUGAGCUACCUCGACUUGAGCAGUAACCGACUAACGUCCAUAACGCCUGAUGUUUUUACCCCCCUGUCCAGGCUGGCCAAACUCAACCUGGGAAACAACCGGCUCUCCCGGCUGCCUGUAAAUAUCCUGCUGCCGUUAGUACAUUUGCAAAGCCUUUAUUUGUACAAUAAUGCCCUGAACGGGCUCCAGGUCGAGUUCUUGACCUGCGCUCCAGCGCUAACAGAACUGCGACUGGAUGGGAACCCCUGGGCCUGUACCUGUCAGAUUCAACACAUGGUGUCUUGGAUGAUCGAGAAAAGGCAAAUAAUGAAAGAAACCAACAGGACCUUGUGUGAGAGUCCCAGAUCCCUGAAUCACUUUCCAGUCCUGGAGAUAACGCGGGAAUCCUUCCGCCGCUGCCGGGACUACAUUCCGCUCUCUGACUAUCUGUACAUUCUGCUAACUGGCAUCGCACUAUUUACUAGCAGUAUUGUCCUCUGCUUUCUAGCGGGUUCCCUGACUGUCUGCUAUGAACGCGUGCUAAUCUCCAUCCGCCAGCGACCCCGCGUCUACAAACCCGCCAAAACGCAGGAAAACAUUAUCAUCGCAAAUCCUUCCACAGGAUGGGUUAUAUAGCCUGACUGGC